AUGUUAACUGAAGAGACUAGCGCAACUAGCAAUAAUACAAGUACAACUGGAAAAACUCCGUCAGCAGCAGCAUCACCGGCUGAAGUUCAGCAGUUUACUUCCUAUUUACUUCGUGUAGUUCCAUUAGCGGCCGAUUUAAAUUCGACAAAUGAAACUGAUGAAUUCAAACGUGCUCUAGAUGAAAAACCUACAGCUAUUGAUGGAAUAAGGCGAUUUUUAAGUGAUCCGCAAUGUAUCGUAUUUUUUAUCCGUAUUAUUCAACAAGGAAAAGAUGAAGAACAAGAUGGUGUUGAAGGAGUCGAUGCAAAUGGUUCAAAUUCUGUUCAAUUUGAAUUUUCAACUGAAACAACAUAUGCAGCACAAAAAGGCAUAAGUGUGGCAUUAAUAAAAAUAACACCGACAAUUGAUAUGGAUAAAAAAAUAUCUCAACAAAUUCAUCUUGCAACAUUUACUAAUCGAGCACCGGCAGAAGUAUUUCGAACAUUUCUUUCUCAAGCAAUGACACCGUAUUUAAAAAGUUUUCUUCGACAACAAAAAGAAAGAGAUCGAGAAAAAUCAAUUGUUGUUUUAGAAGAAAAAUUAAAUGAAUUAGAAGCAAAUUUAUUACAAAUGAAUCAAACAGUUAGUAUUCCUGAUGUUAUUCUUACACCACAUGCAUCUGUUGCUCAAGUACUUCGAGAAUGUAAAGAAAAAAAUCAACGACCUAAUGGAGAUUUAUUCCGUGAGAAGGUUGAAGAUUCAAAUUUUCUUAAUCAAUUACAAGCAACUGUUAAUCGAUGGAUUCGAGAAAUUCAAAAAGUAACAAAACUUGAACGUGAUCCAUCUACAGGUUCAGCAAUGCAAGAAAUAACAUUUUGGUUAAAUAUUGAACGUGCAUUAUAUAAAAUUCAAGAACAAAUGACUAGCCCUGAAGUUUUAUUAACAUUAGAUGCCUUAAAAAUUGGUAAACGUUUUCAUGCAACAAUUAGUUUUGAUUCGGAUACUGGUUUAAAAGAAGCAUUAGAUAAAGUGAAAAAUUAUAAUAUAUUAAUGAAAGAUUUUCCAAUGCAUGAUCUUUUAUCUGCCAAUGAUUUACCAAAAAUAAAAAAUUCUAUUACAGUUAUUUUUAAUCAUCUUAAACGUGUUAGAAAUACACGUUAUCCAGUUAAUAGAAUUUUACGUUUUAUUGAAGCUAUAUCACGAGAUCUUAAUGUACAAAUGACUAAAAUUCUUUCAACGGUACAUUUAAUUGAAAUUCCAAUUAUGAAUUUUGAUCAAAUUCUAAAUGAAUGUAUGGAAAUAUUUUCUUUAUGGGAUGAAGAAUAUGAAAAAUUUCAAAUAUUACUUCGAGAUAUGACAAAAAAGAAUGCAUCUAAUGCCCAACAACUUAAACAAGCUUGGAAAAUAACACCUGAACAUAAGAAAUUACAAACACGUUUAGAACACAUUAAACAAUUUCGUCGUCAACAUGAACAAUUUCGUUCUGUUAUUGAACGUCUUCUAUCUAAACAACAAAAUCAACAACAAAUUGUUGAUCCAUCCGUAUCAACUGUUCAAAUAGUUGAUCAAUCCGAUUCAACUGCUGUUGAAGAAAUUCAACAAGCAUUUGAAAGUUUAAAACAUAUUGAUAUACUUGAAUGUUCUCCUGAAGGUACACAACUUUGGAAUGAUACAAUGAAAAUUUAUGAAGAACGUAUUGAAAAAGUUGAACGACGUAUAACAUCACGUCUUCGUGAACAAUUAGCUAAAGCUCGUAAUGCUAAUGAAAUGUUUCAAAUAUUUGCACGUUUUCAUGAUUUACUUAUACGACAACAUAUUCGAAAUGCUAUACGAGAAUAUCAAACACAAUUAAUACAACGAGUUAAAAUUGAUAUUGAUCAGUUACAUGAAAAAUUCAAAGCAAAAUAUUCAGCAAGUAAAGCAAUGAAAAUGAGUCGAAUUACUGUUGAUAUACCAGUUACAACGGGUUCAAUUAUAUGGGCAAAACAAAUUGAAAAACAACUUUUAAGAUAUUUAAAACGUGUUGAAGAUGUUCUUGGUACAGGAUGGGAGCAGCAUGUUGAUGGACAACGUUUAAAAUUUGAAGGUGAUAGUUUUAAACAACGUCUUAAUACUACAGCUAUUUUUGAAGAUUGGCUUGAAAAGGUUUCAAAGAAAAGUAUGAGUGUUACUGGUUCUAUUUUUAGUCUUGAAACUUUACGAAGUACUAAAGGAACAUUACUUCGAUUAAAAGUUAAUUUUACACCAGAAAUAAUUAUGUUAACAAAAGAAGUAAGAAAUUUAAAAUGGUUAGGUUAUCGAGUACCAUUACCACUUGUUAAUAAAGCUCAUCAAGCUAAUCAAUUAUAUCCAUAUGCUGUUGGUUUACUUGAAAAUGUUCGAGCUUAUGAAGUUUCAAAUGCGAAAAUAAUUGCUGAUCAUGGUCAAGAUUAUUUAGUUGGUAGUAUGAAAAAAGAUAUUCAAAAUUUAAUUGUUGAAGGAACAAAAUUAACUUGGGAAUCAUAUAAAUUAGAACCAUAUGUUCAACGAUGUAUUGAAGCAUUUACACGUUAUAAUGAAAAUGUUGAUGAAAUUCUUCGUUUGGAUAAUCUUAUGUUUACACAUAUAAAUGAAUUAGAUGUAUGUUCAUAUGAAAUUGAUAUGUUUGCAGAAUCAUUAGAACAAACACAAAAAAUUGUUGACGAAUUUUGUUUACAUGAUUAUUCAAAUUUUCCAAAAUGGAUUGGAGUUAUUGAUGAAAAAAUUGAACGAAAAUUAUUUGAUCGGUUACAAGCAGCUAUUACAUUAUGGAAACAAGCAUUAAUUAGACAUGAGAAAGGAAAAGCAAGAGAUAAAAAACGAAUGCGAUUAAAAAAAGUUGUUCUCGAAAUUCGAGUUGUUAAUCAAAUGUUGGUAUUAGUUCCACCAUUUGAAUCAGCUCGUGAACAAUUAUAUAAUUCAUUUUUCGAUUGUCAAUCAGUUAUAACUUCACAAAAACGCAUUAAAAAUAGUCGUUAUCAUGUUAAUGCCGAAAUCGAUACAGAAGAAGAAGAUUUAAUAUAUAAUGAUUUAUUUACAAAAUUUCCUGAAGAAAGUAAUGCAUCAAUUGGUGAAGCUUAUGAUACUAUUGAACAAUUGAUUACUGAAGCUGAAACUUAUUUUCAAGGAUGGCUUAAAUAUCAAGUUUUAUGGGAUUUAGAACCAAAUGAUGUCUUUCAACGGUUAGGUACUAAUGUUCAAUCAUGGUUCGAAUGCUUAAAAGAUAUUAAAGAAUCUCGUAAAACACUUGAUACUAAUGAAGCUUAUAAAUCCUUUGGUCCACUAAUUAUUGAUUUUUCUAAAAUUCAAACAAAAAUCGGUGUUAAAUAUGAUAAUUGGCAUCAAGAUUUACUUCGAAAAUUUGGUCAAAUUAUUCAAACAGUUGCUAAUGAUUUUCAUACAAAUAUUUCCGAACAUCGAAGUAAUCUUGAAACAAAAUCUCUUGAAUCUGGUACUCUUGAUGAUAGUGUACAAUUAAUGGAUACAAUUGAAACAGUUCGUGAAACACAAAUUGAUAAUGAAAUGAAAAUAAAACAAUUACUUGAAGCUCAACGUUUACUUGAACGACAACGUUAUUCAUUUCCAGAGAAUUGGAUAUCUGUAGAUACGAUUAAAAAUUCUUGGACAUCAAUGAAUGAUGUACUUAAACAAAAAGAACGAGUUAUGGAAACAAAAUUGGAUACUAUUCAAGAAAAAGUUAAAGUUGAAGCACAAACUAUUGAUACAAAAACAAAAGAACUUUUAGAAGAUUGGUCAACUAAAAAACCGAUUGGUGGUGAUUUAAAACCGCGUGAUGCUAUUCGUCAAUUAGCUUUAUAUGAAACAAAACUCAAUGAACAAUUAGAAAAACGAACAGUACUUAAUAAAGCUAAACAAAGUGUUAAAAUGCAAGAAUCAGGCCAAGCUGAUCAUUUUGAAAAACGUAUACGUGCUGAUCUUGCUGAACUUGAGGAAAUUCGCAAUGUCUGGAAAUCUCUUGAAAAUGUUUGUAAUCGAUUAGAAGAAUUAAAAGAUAUACAAUGGCUUACAGUACAACCAAAAAAACUCAAAACUAAUCUUGAAGAAUUACUUACUUCAAUGACAGCUAUGGUUUCAUCUGUUAAAAAUUAUCAUUCAUAUGGUGCAGUUAAAACUAAUAUAGAAAAUUAUCUUAAAAUGAUUCCUUUUAUAAAUGAAUUAAAAUCUGAAGCAUUAAAAGAUCGUCAUUGGAAAGAUAUGGUUAAAAUACUUGAUUUAACAAUGACAUGGAAUAAUAUGGCUGAUUUAACAUUAAGAGAUAUUUGGGAUCAAGUAGAUAAUUUUAAAAAGAAUGAAAAUGUAUUACGUGAUAUAAUGAUAAAUGCUCAAGGUGAAAAAGCUUUAGAAGAAUUUCUAAAACAAAUAAGUGAACAAUGGAAAGUUUAUCAAUUAGAAUUAAUUGAUUAUCAAAAGAAAUGUAAAGUUAUUAAAAGUUGGGAUGAUUUAUUUACAAAAGCAAAAGAAAAUUUAAGUAAUAUAUUAAGUAUGAAAUUAUCACCAUAUUUUAAAGCAUUUGAAGCAGAAACACUUUCUUGGGAAGAUAAACUUAAUCGUAUUAUAAAUAUAUUUGAUAUUUGGAUUGAUGUUCAACGACGUUGGGUAUAUCUUGAAGGUAUAUUUACUUCAUCGACUGAUAUAGCACAAUUAUUACCAAAUGAAUCACAAAAAUUUCAAAGUGUAGCUAAUGAAUUCGUUGGUUUAUUGAAAAAAGUUGAAAAAUCUCCAUUAGUACUUGAUGUUAUUGCAAUACCAAAUGUACAAAAAUUACUUGAACGUUUAGCUGAUUCAUUAACAAAAAUUCAAAAAGCUCUUGGAGAAUAUCUUGAACGACAACGUGCAGCUUUUCCACGAUUUUAUUUUAUUGGUGAUGAAGAUUUAUUAGAAAUGAUUGGUAAUUCAAAUAAUUUAUUACGUUUACAAAAACAUUUUAAAAAAAUGUUUGCUGGUGUUAAUUCAUUAAUUAUUAAUGAAGAAGAUCCAACAAUAAUCGAAGGUGUUCAAUCAAAAGAAGGUGAAGAAGUGAAAUUUUUCAAUCAAAUAUCUAUUAAACAACAUCCAAAUAUAAAUGAUUGGUUAUCAAGAGUAGAAAAAGAAAUUAGUUUAACUUUAGCUAAAUUACUUGCACAAUCUAUUCCACAAUUAACUGCAAUACAAAAUAAUCUAACUGAUACACAAGGAUUUAUCAACUGGCUUGAUCAAUAUCAAGCUCAAUUAGUUGUUCUUGCGUUUCAAGUCUCAUGGUCAGAAAAUAUCGAACGUUUACUUGUAUUUGGAAAAAAUGUUGAUUUACAACCAGCACUUCGACAAAUUGAAUCGACACUUGGUAUGUUAGCUGAUUUAGUUCUUGCUGAUCAACCAACUGUUCGACGACGAAAACUUGAACAUCUCAUUAUUGAACAUGUGCAUAAACGUGAUGUAACUCGAGCAUUAAUAGAUAAGAAAGUUGAUUCAGCAAGUAAUUUUGAAUGGCUUGCACAAAUGCGUUUAUAUUUUGAACCAAGUAAUCAAAAUGUUCUUGAACAACUUAAACUUCGAAUGGCUAAUGCUGAAUUUCAUUAUGGUUUUGAAUAUCUUGGUUUACAGGAUCGUCUUGUUCAAACACCAUUAACUGAUCGAUGUUUCUUAACAAUGACACAAGCUUUACAUGCUAAAUUUGGUGGAUCACCAUUUGGACCUGCUGGAACGGGAAAAACUGAAUCAGUUAAAGCACUUGGAAAUGCUCUUGGUCGUUUUGUACUCGUAUUUAAUUGUGAUGAAGCAUUUGAUUUUCAAGCUAUGGGUCGUAUAUUUGUUGGUUUAUGUCAAGUUGGUGCAUGGGGAUGUUUUGAUGAAUUUAAUCGUUUGGAAGAACGUAUGUUAUCAGCUGUAUCACAACAAAUUCAAACAAUUCAAGAAGCACUUCGUCAACAAUCAUCAGCAAAUAAAAGUACAUUAAAAAUUGAAAUUGUUGGUAAAACUAUUACAGUUAAUUCUAAUAUGGCUAUUUUUAUUACUAUGAAUCCUGGUUAUGCUGGUCGUUCGAAUCUACCUGAUAAUCUUAAAAGUCUAUUUCGUAGUUUAGCUAUGACAGUACCCGAUAAAGUUCUUAUUGCACAAGUUAUGCUUUAUUCUCAAGGUUUUCGUGAUGCAGAAAUUUUAUCCAAAAAAAUUGUUCCUUUAUUUACAUUAUUAAGUGAACAAUUAUCUAAUCAAUCUCAUUAUGAUUUUGGUUUACGUUCACUUAAAAGUGUACUUGUUAUGGCUGGAAAUAUUAAACGUGAAAAAAUAAAAAAUAAUACUCAAGAUGAAGAUGAACAAGAAAUUGUUAUACAAGCCAUUAUGGAUAGUUUUGUUCCACGUCUUGUUGCAGAUGAUUUAGUUCUAUUGAAUAGUUUAUUAAAUGAUGUUUUUCCUAAUGCAAAAUAUAAUCGACCAUCAAUGACUCGUCUUCGAGAAGAAAUUGAAAAUGUUGCUAAAGAAAUGUUUCUCGUUUGUGAAACAUUAUGGGUUGAAAAAGUAUUACAAUUGUAUCAAAUAACAAAUCUUAAUCAUGGUUUAAUGUUCGUUGGACCAACAUGUUGUGGUAAAACAAUGGCAUGGCGUGUUUUAUUAACUGCAUUAAAUCGAAUUGAAAAUUCUGAUGGUCAAGCACAUAUUAUCGAUCCAAAAGCCAUAUCAAAAGAUGAUCUUUAUGGAUAUAUGGAUCAAAAUACACGAGAAUGGACGGAUGGUUUAUUUACACAUAUUUUACGUAAAAUCAUCGAUAAUUUACGUGGUGAAUUAUCUAAACGACAAUGGAUUAUAUUUGAUGGUGAUGUUGAUCCUGAAUGGGUUGAAAAUUUAAAUUCAGUUCUUGAUGAUAAUAAAUUAUUAACAUUACCAAAUGGUGAACGUCUUGCUUUGCCACCUAAUGUUCGAGUUAUGUUUGAAGUUCAAGAUUUACGUCAUGCAACAUUAGCUACAGUAUCUCGUACAGGUAUGGUUUGGUUUAAUCAAGAAACUGUCACAUCAGCUAUGUUACUUCAAUAUUAUUUAAAUCGUAUUCGACAAGAAUCUGUUUUUGAUAUAAUUAAUCAAGAUGAUCCAAAUAGUAAAGAUACUGUUAUACAAUCAUCUGAAGAAAAUAAAACAAAUAUAUUAGAAAUACAAAACCAUUUAGCUGAUUUAUUAGAACCAUAUUGUAAUAAAGAAAAUGGUUUAAUUCUUGAUACAUUAGAAUAUGCCGGAGAAAAACAAGUACAUAUUAUGGAUUUUAUACCAGCUAGAUGUUUACAAACACUUUUCUCAAUGCUUAAUCAUGUUCUACGAACAAUUAUUAAACGACAAUUAUUUUCAUCUGAUCGAACACCAUUAAGUGAAAAACAAAUUGAACAAUAUCUUGUAAAAUCAUUAAUUAUUUCAAUGAUAUGGUCAUUUUCAGGUGAUAGUAAAUUAAAAUAUCGACAACAAUUAGGUGAAUUUAUUAUGAAUACAAUUAAAAAUAGUAAUAUAACAUCACCAGCUGAUAAAAGUUUGCCAAUUGUUGAUUUUGAAGUUAAUUCCGAAGGUGAAUGGGAAUCAUGGUUAUUAAAAGUUCCAUCAAUUGAACUUGAAGGAAGUAAAGUUGAUGCAAGUGAUUUAGUUAUACCAACAAUUGAUACAAUUCGACAUGAAACACUUCUAUAUACAUGGCUUAAUGAACGUAAACCUCUUCUUCUUUGUGGUCCACCUGGAAGUGGUAAGACCAUGACUUUAUUUAGUGCACUUCGUUCAUUACCAGCAUGUGAAGUUGUUGGUUUGAAUUUUUCUUGUGCUACAACACCGGAAUUAAUUCUAAAAACAUUUGCACAUUAUUGUGAAUAUAAAAAAACAGCUACAUCAGGUGUUGUUCUUGCACCAAGUCAAUUAGGCAAAUGGAUUAUUGUAUUUUGUGAUGAAAUUAAUUUACCUGAUGAAGAUAAAUAUGGUACACAAAGAGUAAUUGCAUUUUUAAGGCAAUGUAUCGAACAUGGUGGAUUUUAUCGUACAUCAGAUCAUACGUGGAUACGUUUAGAAAGAAUUCAAUUUGUUGGUGCUUGUAAUCCACCUACAGAUCCAGGAAGAAAACCAUUAACACAUAGAUUUUUACGACAUUGUCCAUUAGUUUAUGUGGAUUAUCCAGGUGAAAUAUCAUUAAAACAAAUUUAUGGUACAUUCAAUCGAGCAAUGUUAAAAAAAUUUAAUAAUAUUAAAUCAUUUGCUGAUGCAUUAACAAAUGCUAUGGUUGAAUUCUUUCUUCUAACACAAGAACAAUUUACUGUUGAUCAACAACCACAUUAUGUUUAUUCACCUCGAGAAAUGACUCGAUGGGUUCGAGGUAUAAAUGAAGCUAUUCGACAUGUAAAAAGUUUGAAUGGUGAAGAAUUAGUUCGACUUUGGGCACAUGAAGCAUUACGUUUAUUUCAUGAUCGAUUGAUAUAUGAUUAUGAACGUCAAUGGACAGAAAAAGCUAUUGAUGAUAUAGCUGCUAAACAUUUUAGCAAUGUUGAUUUAAAUACAGCAUUAAAACGACCGAUUUUAUUCAGUGAUUGGCUUGCUGGACAUUAUGCAUCGAUUGAUGAAGAUGAAUUAAGACAAUAUAUUCAAGGACGAUUAAAAACUUAUUAUGAAGAAGAAGUUGGAAUUCAAUUAGUUCUUUUUAAUCAAGUACUUGAUCAAGUCUUGAGAAUUGAUCGAGUUUUUCGACAACCACAAGGUCAUCUUUUACUUAUUGGUUUAUCUGGUACAGGCAAAGCUACUCUAUGUCGAUUUGUUUCAUGGCUUAAUCAAAUAGAUUUUUUUCAAUUAAAAGUACAUAAUAAAUAUACAGCUGCUGAUUUUGAUGACGAUUUACGUCAAUUAUUACGUCGUUCGGGUUGUAAAGGCGAGAAAAUUGUCUUUUUACUUGAUGAAUCAAAUGUAAUGGAUAGUAGUUUUCUUGAACGGAUGAACACUUUAUUAGCGAAUGGUGAAGUACCUGGUUUAUUUGAAGGUGAUGAAUAUUCGGCAUUGCUAAAUUUAUGUAAAGAAGGUGCACAAAGACAAGGUCUUAUGUUAGAUUCAAAUGAUGAAUUAUAUAAAUGGUUUACAAUACAAGUUAUGAGAAAUCUUCAUGUUGUUUUUACAAUGAAUCCAAGUGCAAAUGGUUUACGUGAUCGAGCAUCAACAUCACCAGCUUUAUUUAAUCGUUGUGUACUUGAUUGGCUUGGUGAUUGGUCUUUAGAUGCAUACUAUCAUGUUGCUAGUGAAUUAACACAAAAUGUUGAUAUACAAAAAGCUGAUUAUGUUGCUCCAAAAACAUUAACUCGUUUAGUAGCUGGUUUACCAGUAGAACCAUCUUAUCGUGAUGUAAUGAAUAAUGCCUUUGUUUUUGUUCAUCAAUCAUUACAUAAAUUAAAUGAUACAUUACGUAAAAAAGGUUCAACAACAAAAACAAUUGUCAUAACACCAAGUCAUUUUCUCGAUGCAAUUCAACAUUUUAUAAAAAUAACAGUAGAAAAACGAACUGAAAUUGAAGAAACUCGUCAACAUUUAAUUGUUGGUCUUGAUAAAAUUCAUGAAACUGUUGUUCAAGUUGAACAAUUACAAGCAUCACUAGCAGAUAAACGAAAAGAAUUAAAUGAUAAAAAUGAAGAAGCUAAUUUGAAAUUGAAACAAAUGAUUCAUGAUCAACAAGAAGCUGAAAAAAAACGAAUUAGUUCACAAGAAUUACAAGUUGUUCUAGCUCAACAACAAGAACAAAUAGUUGAAAAACGUAAAACAGUUAUGAUAGAUUUAGAUAAAGUUGAGCCAGCUGUUCAAGAAGCUCAACAAGCUGUUAAAUCAAUAAAGAAACAAAAUUUAGUUGAAAUAAAAAAUUUAAAUAAUCCACCACAAGGUGUUAAAAUAACACUUGAAUCUAUAUGUUUAUUACUUGGUGAAGAAACAACUGAUUGGAAAUCUAUUCGUGGUAUAAUGAUGCGUGAUAAUUUCAUUUCAACAAUUGUUAAUUUUGAAUCUGAUAAUAUUACACCAGCUAUUGCAAAUAAAAUGAAAAAAAACUAUAUAAAUAAUCCAGAUUAUUCAUAUGAUAAAGUUAAUCGAGCAUCAGCUGCAUGUGGUCCAUUAGUUAAAUGGGCAACAGCACAAUUAACAUAUGCUGAUAUGUUAAGUAAAGUUGAACCAUUACGAAAUGAAUUAAAAAAUUUAGAAAACGAAGCCGAAAAAAAAGUUGCUGAUAUGCAAGCAACAAAUGAUUUAAUUACAACACUUGAAACAAGUAUUGCACAAUAUAAAACUGAAUAUGCUGAUUUAAUAUCAGCUGCACAAGCAAUUAAAACCGAUCUAUCACAUGUUGAAUCUAAAGUUGAACGAUCGAUAGCAUUAAUUAAAAAUUUAAGUUUAGAAAAAGUACGUUGGGAAUCAACAAGCGAAAGUUAUCAAACACAAUUAGCAACAUUAAUUGGUGAUGGAUUUUUAAUAUCAACAUUUUUAGCUUAUACUGGUUAUUUUGAUCAAAUGACAAGACAAAUACUUUUUCAACAAUGGCAAAACCAUUUAGAUAAAGCUAAAAUACCAUAUAAACAUGAUUUAGCUCGUGUUGAAUAUGUAUCAACUGCUGAUGAACGACUUCGAUGGGAAAUGAAUUUAUUGCCAAGUGAUGACUUAUGUCGUGAGAAUGCUGUUAUGUUAAAAAGUUUCACUCGUUAUCCAUUAAUUAUUGAUCCAAGUGGACAAGCUUUUGAAUUUCUUCAUAGAGAAUAUCGAGAAAAAAAUAUUGUUCAAACAAGUUUUAUGGAUGCAGGCUUUCGUAAACAAUUAGAGAGUGCACUUCGUUUUGGUACAACAUUAUUUGUACAUGAUGCAGAAAAUUUCGAUCCAUUAAUUAAUCCUGUACUUAUUCGUGAUCUUCGACGAACAUCUGGACGUGUUCUUAUAACUAUUGGUGAUAAAGAUAUUGAUUUUUCACCAACAUUUCGAAUGUUUUUAUUUACACGUGAUUCUGAUGCCGAAUUUGGACCAGAUAUAUGUUCACGUGUAACAUUUGUUAAUUUUACAGUAACACGAUCAAGUUUACAAUCUCAAUGUUUAUAUAAAAUCUUACGAUCUGAACGACCAGAUAUUGAUUCAAAACGAUCUGAUCUAAUGAAAUUACAAGGAGAAUUUGCAGCUAAAUUACGUCAUUUAGAAGAUAAUUUACUCAAAGUAUUAAAUGAAUCCGAAGGAACCAUACUUGAUAAUGACAAAGUAAUUGCUACAUUAGAAAAAAUAAAAACUGAAGCAUCAGAAAUAAUGCAAAAAGUUGAAGAAACUGAUAUUGUUUUAAAUGAAGUUGAAAAAGUUUCACAUGAAUAUUUACCAAUGGCUAAAGCAUGUAGUAGUAUUUUCUUUACACUUUCAUCAUUAUCAACAAUUCAUAUGCUUUAUCAAUAUUCAUUAAGAUUUUUUAUGGAAAUCUUUGAACAUAUUCUUUAUCAUAAUAAACGUUUAGAAUCAAUUACUGAUACAACACAACGAUUAGAUAUUAUAUUAAAAAGUUUAUUUGAAACAAUAUUUAUUCGUGUUUCACGUGGUAUGUUACAUCGAGAUCGAAUAACAUUAGCUGUACAAUUAACAAGAAUUUAUUUAAAAAAUAUUAUUGGUGAAAAUAUGACAUUUGAAGAUGAGUUUUUUGAAAUGGCUCAAGUAUUAGAAGAAAAUUCUGAUAUGCUUAAUAUACAAAAUAAGUUAUCUGAUCCACAAAAACGUGCAUUAUCGCAUUUAACUACGAAUAUUCCAUCGUUUAAAAAUCUUGAACGACAAAUUGCAUCGAAUUCUGAUGCAUUUGAUAAAUGGUUAAAUAGUAAUGAUUUAACAACUCGAGUUCCUGUUGUUUGGGAAAAUAAUGGCGAUAAAAAAAAUGAAAUCAAUACUGCAGUAUAUUCGUAA